AUGAGUACCGUGAAAGUUAUUUCUGAAACACCUGCUGACAAAGAAAAGAAAGCCGACUUGGAGACCCUCGAUACAGUUCUCGAAGUAAACGAAGCUAUUGGAAGUGAGAUUUUCAAUCGACCCGUUGAAGAAAAUGAUAUCGAAGAGAUUCCACCAAACAUAUUUAGUCUAAAAGACAUAUUAGAACCAUUAACUCUGCAAUCUUUGAAUAAUGCAAUUUACGAACUCGGCAUUGUUAAUUUGUGUUGGCCCGAAAUCACAGAACCCGUGUUUGAGACCAGAACUUGUUUCCCAAAAAGCUAUUACACCAAUAAUAAUAAGGAAAGGCUCAUUUUGGCCUACGCGGAAAAUUUUCGACGUCAGUUUCAGUUUCAUUAUAAAUUACGGAAACCACUUUUGUUACAGGCGCCAAAUGAGUGCGGUUUACAGAAAAUGGUAUGCACCACUAUUCGUCCAACAAAGCUGUGCUACGCUGAUACAAACACAUGGCAAGGAGUGGCAGAAUUUAUGUCGGACUAUUUCGACUUCGAACCGCUCAACAAACCAAUGCUGCACAACAAAGAAAAAAUGUACGCAAAUUUGGCUACACAUAUCACAAGUGAACGCUUACUGGCGACGAAAUAA